AUGUCAAGCCAGCCUUCCGCCAUGCAAGCCCUUGCUAAAUAUGCCCAUGCUGCACUCGCAGCCUUCGUGCUCUUCCUUUGCCUCUCUCUCGGCGCUUCUCAAGGUCGUGGGAGUGUUCGUGCUAUUAGUCGAGAUGCCCCCAACGAUGCUCGUGUCAAACCUAGCAAUGAGAAUACGGACCGAGAAGACUCGAUGCUGGAAGAUGCGCUCCUGGAGAAGCAAGACGAUGAUCUCCUGGGACGAUCUUUGGGGGGCCAUGGUCAGGCUUCUAAGCACCUCGGUAUCGCAAAUCGAGAGUGUGUUCGAAGAUGGAAGAGUCCUCGGGGAGGAGCAGCUAUACAGAUGGUAACAUGA